UCCCCAGCCCUAACUCACAAGUCAAUCUAAAGGGCAACGAGCUACCAACCCAGCUGAAACAUUACCACCACUUCCACCCACCUUUCCAACGUUUGACAUAAUGGACAACCUCUCAUCCCCAUCCUCCGGCCUCUCCGCCCUCCGCUCCCAGCUUUCCAGCGACCUGGAAGACCAACUCGACAUCGAGUCGGCCCUUCGCUCCUCCCAAAAAAAGAUUAAGAAAUUGAGAAAGCAACUCGAGGCGGUAAGCAGCGGCGUUGAGCAGAUGCGCGAGAAUUACACAACAUUGAAGGGGGCGUUGUUGGCGCUUGAUAGGAAGGUGAAGGUGGAGAGUGAGAAGAGUCGGUUGUUGAUUGGGGCGGGGUUGAGGAGGGAGAGGAGGAGGAAGGAGAGAGAGGUAGUGGAAGGGGGGGAUGAGGGGGAGGGCGAGAAGGAAGAGGAGGAGGAGGAGGACGGGGGAGAUGGAGGGGAUGAUGGAGGGGAUGAUGGAGGGAAUGAUGGAGGGGGUGAUGAAGAGGGUGAGGGCGAUGAGGAGGAAGGGGAGGAAGAAGAUAAGAAGAGAAAACGCAAAGAUUCUAGUGAAUCGAAUCCUUCGACCGAGUCGGCAAGUUCUUCUAUAAGCGUGGAGGAUACCACCCUCCGCGCAGUAGAGAGAAUCAUGCCCCUGCAGUCGGAGGAGGGCAACCAGGAAGAUACGAUCGAAAACACCGAAGGAGGAAGUAGUAUGAGUCGGCAAGGGAAUAAGAAAAUCCACAAGGCUAAAAGAGAGGCGAAGAGGGUCAGGAUCAUCAGUCCUGAAUCUGAAUCGGAGGAGGAUGAUAAAAAAACGGAAACCGAAAGCAAAUGCGAAGAAGAAUUGCCCGACGACGGGGGAGAAAUGGAUUUUGAUCAGGAGCUGCAAGUCAAGGUUAUACUCCUGGAGCAACGGUUGAAGAGGUAUGAGCAGGGUAUGAAUAAGAGGGUCCAGAAAUUGGAGGAGGAUAUGAAAGAGGGGUUGGAGUGGUUGCAGAGCGAUAUGAAUGAGAAGUUCCAGAGGGAGGAGAAUGAUAGGAAUGAGGUGGUCGAGGAGGUGGAGGAGAAUAUGAAUAAGAGAGUCGUGAAGUUGGAGAACCGGAUGAGCUGGAACGAAUGGAUUGGGGAGACGAUUGCUUACGGAGGAGGUGACACAGAAGAUGAAGAACAAGAGGAGGACGGCGAUGAGGAGGACAGCGAUGAGGAGGACGGCGAGGAGGAGGACGGCGAUGGUGAGGAACAGGUUGACGAUGAUGAAAAUGAAGAGGAGGAGGAGGAGGAUGAUGAAGACAAUGAAGAGAACGACAACGGCGACGACGACGACGACGACGGAAACCUACCUUCACCAACAGCCCAUCACCCCACUACCGGUGGAAAGCAGCCCAUGAAGACAAUUCCAGAGGGCUAUGGAGCGGGAGAUACCCCUUUUGACGAGUGGUAUCCUAGAUAUUCAUCACAGGCGACUCUUCUCAACAGUGACCAGGCUGAAGGGGGAGGAGGCGAGGAGGAUGAGCCCAGCCCAGAGCAGCCUGGGGAGGAGGAGGAUGACAGAGAGAUGGGGAAUAUUCAAAGUGAGGGUGUUGACGAGGUGAAGGAGGAGGAGGCUGUCGAUGGAGAGGAAGUCGAGAAGGGGGUCAAAGAGAAUAGGACGAAGGAGGAUAUUGCUCAGAACGAAGCUACUACGUCUUAGUGCUUCCAAGGAGGAAGAUACCAUGGAUGAUGACGAUGGCAGAUCGUAAAGUAAGACAUGACAGAGGAUGUUCGGGAGCGCGUCAAUAGUAGGGAGCGUGUAAAUGAUGCUUGAUGAAGUAAAGGGGCAGGAAGAAAGGAAGAUAUCAGGCAAUGAUUAUACGGACCGCAUAUGCUUCCACAAGGAUCAGAAAUCCCCCAGAGGAUGUAGAUGUCGGAGGAAAUGAGCGUGUACACUAUGACAGCUGAGAUCCGAGAAACAUUUCACGAUGUGACUUUUUCCAC